CCUGUAUCUACAACCAUAGAUAAAGACCACUUCUUCCGUCGUCGUCGUCUUUAUCUAUGCCACAACAUCCAGUAUCCACUUCCGGUGAAUUGGUUUGGUUUGGUUGAUUAUUUACUAAAUUACUAUUUAAAAUUUUAGAUUAUUUUUAAAAUAACUAAUGUAAACAUUAUAGAAUAGUAAUCGUAAAGGGAUACAUGGGCAGCAUGGUCGAACCACCAGAUAAGAAAAGUUUCUAACAACAAAAAAGAUAAAUUUUUAUUUAUGAAUUUCUGAUUUCAAUUCUGCCGGGUUUGCAGAGACUUCGUUUUCUACCACUCUGUAUUCCUCUCUCUUCUAAGACUAAGGGUUCAAAAAUUAAACACGUUUUCGUGCAAACCUUAGGUUGGAUUUUCUGUAUUGUUAACAAAUUUUCUGGGCGAGGAGAUUUUUAAAUAUAUAUGCUUCCGUAAAGAAAAAAUGCAACGACCGGUUAAGUUUGGAAGAAUUGAAUAUGACGUUGAAGAACACAAAGUUUUGCAGUCUACGCUUCGCAAAGACCUUGCUCCUGAAAUGGUGAGCCAAAGGCAUGGUCCAGGUGGUCAGAAACUUGCCUAUAUUGAAGGUUGGAGAUUGAUUGCCCUUGCCAAUGAAGUAUUUGGAUUUAAUGGUUGGAGUCAUCAAGUUGUUCAACAAACAAUUGACUGUGUUGAUCAGGUUGACGACAAGUUUUAUGUUGGGGUGUCUUCGACAGUAAGAGUUGAACUCAAAGAUGGUUCCUUUCAUGAAGAUAUUGGUUAUGGUGUUUGUGAAGGAAUGAAAUCUAAGGCUCUAAGUUUGGAAAAGGCUAGAAAGGAAGCAGCAACAGAUGGGUUAAAACGUGCAUUGAAAGGAUUUGGAAAUGUUUUGGGCAAUUGUCUUAAUAACAAAAACUACCUACGUUGGGCCAACAAAUACCCGGUUACCACACCAGCUCCACCUCAGAAAAAUGACACUGUUUUAGAAGUUCCCCCGGCUGUGCAUCGAAGCCGUUAUAACGCUAUGGAGGAAAAAAAGCGUGGCAUAGAGGCUUUAAAAACACCUUCAGCAUCAACUAGCGUUCCUAUAAUUGAAAAAAAUGUUGAUGCGACUCAUGAAUCAACACACCCAAUGCCUGCCCCUCAAGAACCUGCUCCUCAAUGCCCUGGUUUUCCCACUGGGCAAAAGUUGAUUUCCACUAAGGAGACUGCGUUAACAUCAAUUAAACCGCCUAAUAUUUCUGGAGCUCAAAACGGCGAAACCAUCAAUAAUUCCGCGCUUAAAGAUGAUUUAUUAAAUGAAAGUGAUCCAGUUAAAUUGGAAAGAAAACGGAAGCAACAGCAGAAAAAGGAGGAAUUUUUGCAGCAGUUGAAGCGUCAAAAGCAGGAAGAUGAUGCCAGAAUUUCUACAGUUGGCAUAAAAUCUGAGCAAACUUCUCCAGUGCCUGAAGACGACAGCGAGAAAUGGAUGCGGGAAGUAGAUCCAGAAUCUUUCGCGCUGAUUAGUGGAAUUGAUUGGAGUGAUGAAGAAAAUCCUGCACCAAACCAGGCAAUCAUCAACAAACCGAACGUCAACACAGUCACAAAACCAGCUCCACACAAACCAGCUCAGGCUAUUCCCAAGUCAUAUAAUUUCAGAAAGUAAGACAAAACCAUUUUUAUUUUUAUUUUUUUUUCAAAAUUUUUCGAAGUUGUUGUGUAUUUAAUUUAAACUUCCGAAAUUGAAAUAAUGAUUGCUUGGAUUCCUUAUUUCUUUUUCAAUCGAACAUGUUGACUUCAAACUAGUUUAUUUACCAUAAGCACCUCCCAUAAUACCAGAACUGGAACCUGUACUGUAACUUCCUGCGCCGUAUGUUCCUGCCCCGUAGUUGUUUGCUCCGAAUUGGUUAAUUCCGUGGUUUGCUCCGUAUCCGCCAUACGUCCCAACGCCGUAGCUGCUAACGCCGUGAUUUCCGUAGUUUCCAAUAUAACCUGAAAAAUAAUGAUUGGUUGAGGACAU